UUCAUCAAACACAGACAAAGAAAUGUUGGUGCUGAAAAUGGUUGCAGAUAAUGGCCAAGAGAUUGGAAUGUUUAGCUGGUUUGCCAUUCACCCCGUCAGUAUGAACAAGACCAACCGUUUAGUAAGUAGUGACAACAUUGGCUAUGCAGCUUAUCUCUUUGAACAAGAGAAAAAUGAAGGAUACCUUCCAGGAAAGGGUCCGUAUGUAGCAGCUUUUGCAGCCUCCAACCUGGGUGAUGUGUCUCCAAAUACAAAAGGCCCACAUUGCAUCAACACAGGAGAGCCAUGUGAAAACAUGGGCAGUUACUGCCCUGUAGGCGGGCCAAUUGUCGCUCACCUGUCGGGCCUUGCCACCAUCCAACUGGGCACAGGGGACAGAUGGAGGCAGGAAAGAGGUUGGGGAUACGCCCAUAGCGAUCACAUGAGCUCAGCUGAUCAUGCCAGCGCAGCAGCACAGUAG